UUUACGAUUAUCCCUUAGAACACUCCACACCAAGAGAGCUCAAGAAAAGUUUUCCAAAUAUUCACUUUAUUCAGGCUGUCGGACAGUUUAAAGACCUGGCUCAGACGUCCUGUGAGGAACAAUAUUUAUCAAUCAUUUAGCUCAUAAGAUGAAGCAAGAAACCAUGGCUGCGGCGUUACUGUCAGAGACGGAGAUCAGACAGCGGUCUAUGGCAGAGGAGGAUCCGAACGGGAAUGAACAUGGGGCGGCUGCGCGCAGCACCGCGCCUCGCUGGGGACCGCAACACGCCGGAGCCCAACAGCUCGCCAAGCUUUACUCUCCAGGAAAGCGGCUGCAGGAGUGGAUCUGUGUGGUUCUGUGCCUCUCGCUCUUCGCUCUUAACCUCUCCUUCCUCUUCCUCAACUUCUCCACAGUGCACAUCUACAGAAUCAUCUUUGGCAUUGUGACUGGUAUUGUGACAGCAGAUUUUGCCUCUGGGAUUGUACAUUGGGGAGCUGAUACAUGGGGUUCAGUGGACAUCCCUGUAAUUGGAAAGGCAUUUAUUCGCCCGUUCCGGGAGCACCACAUUGAUCCGACGGCUAUCACACGGCAUGACUUCAUAGAGACUAAUGGAGACAACUGCAUGAUCACCAUCCUGCCUCUGGCCCACAUGGCCUAUAAAUUCCUAUCCUACCCACCAGAUGCCCUUGCAGAGUCCUACCCCUGGGAAUGUUUUGUUUUUGCGUUGGCUGUCUUUGUAACCAUGACUAAUCAGAUCCACAAGUGGUCCCACUCCUACUUUGGCCUGCCACUUUGGGUCACACUACUGCAGGACUGCCACCUAGUGCUCCCACAGAAACACCACCGGAUCCAUCAUGUGUCGCCACAUGAGACGUACUACUGCAUCACCACAGGGUGGUUGAACUACCCGCUGGACAGAGUUGGUUUUUGGCGGACGAUGGAGUGGUUGAUCGAGAGAUUGACGGGUCAGAAGCCACGCAGUGAUGACAUGGUGUGGGCCAAGAAAUCCGAGUGACCAGGAUAGCAGGACGGAAUUCCCUCUCAUCCAUCUCUCCCCCUCUUUAGGGGGAACAAAAACUGAAUAUGGGCCUUACCUCUGUACCCCAAAACCUCUCUCCUUUAAUGUUCCUGUGUCCCUCUGUCUCCUCUAAACCAUCUUCUCUACAGCACAUAACCACAGACCACUCUUACCGCUGGGGCCUUUUCCAGUCACUGAGGUCUGCUACACGCAAGCCAUCUCCUCUACUGGCUCCCUCCUCUCUUUUUGUAGAUGUCCAUACACAAUGAAAUAGUAGAAAGACAAGAUGAAUUUCAAAAGGGUGGUCUCAAACUGAUGAGAUAAUGAUGAGAGACACUGUUUCUCUCACAAUCCUUU